AUGGAGGCGUCCUUGAGCUCUCCUCAGGACUCGGCACGGGUGGAGAUUCUGCUGCUGAGCGUGGUCCUUCUGGCCAAGCAUGCACGCCUGACUCGCCCCAAGGACAUGAUGGCGCACCUGAACGCGGCCCUGUUUGCGUCCAGCAUCAUUGAGGCGAUCCUCACCACCUCGCUGCCCAACCCCUCGCGGCGUGAGCAGUUCGCGCGGUUCCGUCUCCGCGAGAUCUUCUUCGGCUUGCGGGAGACAAGGACGAUGAUCAUGCCGCCAAGCAGCGUAUACGGCGGCGUGGACGGCAGUAACUUUCUGAAUGCCUUGGGCUUCUUCCUGAACACCUUCAUGGUAAUGGACUACCAGCCAGCACGCUGCUUGCCCAUCUGCGCCCUCUACAAUUACAUCGCUACCGAUGUCUUGUGCAGGAAUGCAGCGCUUGCUGCCAAGGGUCGGCUGUUGACGGUGCAGGCGCUCCUGCGCUGCCGCUCCUUCACAGAGGCUUGGCUGGCGCUCUACUCCUUGUCCCGUGGCCACGACCAGCCUAAAGGCUUGGUGGAAGCCGAGGCGCUGGACACCGCGGUGGUCGAGGCGCAGGAGAUGGCGGCGGCAGAGCCCUUCCGGCAAUACGAGGAGCCGUCAUCGGAAGCCAACGUGAAGGCGAUCAACCAGCUGAUGGAGUUCACCCUGCCAGAGGCGUCGGGCUCCGAAGCUUUCAGCCAGUGGCUCUUCAAGUACCUCAAGGCGGAGUUCUUGGUUACAGUGUGCUCCUACCAGCGAGUCUUUCCCAAGAUGAAUGAGCCGCAGGAGAAGGACCGGCUGGUGCUUCUGGACAAAGCGGAUGCUCUCCUGGUGGACAUUUGGAAGGAGAUGACCGGCAAUGCGGACGACCGAGAGGCCUGGUCCAACUCCAGCCGCACCUUCCGCGAGACUGGCGGAGAGGACCCCACCUUCCAGGAGCCCACCAGGCCACUCCCGGAAGAAGAGGGGGAGCUUUGUGCGGAAGUUCGGCUCAUGAGGGGAAAGAUCCAAGAGGGCCAGGGCGACCUGGGCAAGGCCAUCCAGGAGGUGCUCUACGGCAUGGAGUUCCUGCGACGCACGGCGCGCACCGUCUCGUGCCAGGAGAGUGCAAGUUCGGCAGCGGGUCCUCGCACCUGCGCCCGCACCCGGGCUCCAAGUGUUGGAUGCGCCUGCGUUGCUACAUGGUACAUCUGCUCAUCGGUCAAGGUCGGCUGA